AUGUCGAUUUACGCGUCGCCAUACGAUGCGGCAGACGAUGGCGGCAUGCCGGACGAGCUUCCCCGAACCAUCAGCCUCGAGCGGUCCUUCGCCGCCCUUUACGGCUUGCAGAACAGCCAGCAGCAGCAGCAACAGCAGCAGCAGAGGAAGUUUCGCGGAUGGACCAAAAUGGGUUCAUUCUUCGGUUCGUCCAAUUCCAACACAUCCGCUGAAGCCUCCCGCCGGGGCUCCGCUGCAGGUUCGUCAGCGGAGGUUCGGAAAGCAAAUGCGGCCCCGUCCCUGCUACGAACAGUAUCGCUACCCAGUCGCGCUGCUGCGCUGAAAGCACAGCAGCAGCAGGAACAGCAGCGGGAGGUGCAGCAAGUGCAGCAGGUGCAGCAGCAGCAGCAGAUGCAAAGGGCGGUGCGAUCGGAGGAGGAGGAGGAGAGAGAGAGACACCGACAGAUCGAAAUGUUCGGCACCGUUCUCGCUGACGACGUGCCGCUCCCCCCGCCGGGAUUUGAAUACGACUCCGAUUUCUCCCCCGACCGUCCUAACUCUCCUCCCCCCGCCGCAGCAGCGCCGCCGUCGCCGCCAGAAGCGGCGGUGGGUCAGGGGUACGGGGGGAGACCGGGCGCAGACUACGAGGGCGGCAGUAGCGACUGGGAAGGCGGCCGUUCUGCGGCGGAUGGAGCAGCCGCAGGAGGAGGGGGAGGGGAGGCGGCGGAGUAUCGGCCGCGCGCAGUGCGCGAGUUUAGGCGCACGACGUCGUCGCCCGUGCCCAAGUGCCCGCCUGCUUCCGCGCCUGUGGGCGCGGCGGGCGCAAGAGACCGGCGCGUAGCGGGGGACUGUGUGGGGGCGACCUUCAACGGGCCCUUCAGCAGCGGUGGGGGCUCCGGUAGCGGAGCGAGCAUGGGCGGCGCUGGCAGGCGCGGCGGCGGCACUGCGGGUGGCACCAGGGCGGGCGACGAAGUGCGUGUUGGCGGUGGGGGCGCUGGGAUUGGCGGGAGCGCUGCGCCGGCUGUUCGCGCCAUGAGCAACAGCGCUGGCGCAAUGGGGAGUCCGUCCCGCGCGUCUGCGCAGUUCGUUGCGCCUCCCGCCGCGAGCAGCAAGCCGCCCGUGAGAGGCGGGUUUGGGCACAGCACGAGUGUCACGCAGACGCAGGGGAAUGCGGCGGACGCCGCCGCUCCUGCGGGCGUCGCUGGCAGCGGCGGGGGUGGUGGGUUGGGAGGGCGGAGGGGGUUCCGGCGCGCCAUGUCGAUGGAGCUGCGGCCGCGCGCGAGAGCCAACAGGGCGCCGCUCGCCCUCAACCCGCUCGACGCCUCCCCGCCCGCUAGCAGCGCCGCCAGCGCAUUCCCCCGCCCCCCCGUCCCAUGGGCAGCAGCGGACGACCCUUGCUCCCCCUCCGCCCCCCUCCCUGUCUCCCAAAAGCAGCCGCCGCCGUCCCUCCCCGCGUCGUCCUCCCCCUUCGGCCGUCCUCCCCCCAGCAGCAACCACAGCGCCCGCGGGUGGGCGGCGUGGACGCAGGCAGAUGAAGCCUCCCCCAGAGCCGCCUUCGCCCCGCCCUUCCUGCGCUCCUCGUCCGUCGGAGGCCCCUCCCCCUCCUCCCUGCGCAACCGAGAGCUGCCCCCGCCCGCCCCCCCCUACAGCGCGCACCCGAGCCCACAUGCAGGGAUAGGCGCGUGGGCAGGGGCAGGGGCAGGAGCGGGCGGAGGGGGCAUGGGCGCGGCGGCGGGCGGAGGGUACGGGUGGGCGUCCCCGGGGUCGCAGCGGUCGCUGAGUCCCGAACGCGCGGAGGCCAGCCAGCAGCGGCCGCUGGGUCUGGUGCAGGAGAGCAGCGAGGAGGGCGAUGGGGCGUGCGUGAGGGCGGGCACGGGGGAGAGGCGGGGUGGCAGGGAGGAGCGUGGCGGUGGGGGAAGGGGCGUCGGGGGGCGGAGUGGGGAGAGGGGAGGGGGAGCGAGGAGGAUGGGUGGGCGGGCGGGGGAGAGGUGUACGGGGGGUGAAGGCAGGGGUAGAGGGCGAGAUGAGGAGAGUGAGAGUGAGAGCGAGAGUGAGAGUGGAAGUGGGAGCGAGAGUGGGAGUGGGAGCGAGAAGGGCAGUGGGAGUGGGUCGGGAAGCGAGAGUGAAGAGGACAGGGGAGGGCGGAGAGCGCAGCAGCAUCGAGCACGUGUGGGCGGCGGGGCACGGGCGCUUGGGGAGGGGCGGGGGGGAGGGGGGGGGGAGGGGGAGGUGGGAGGGGCGGGGGAUAGUUCAGCAGGGCGGAGUGGGCAGGGGGGGCGUGGGCAGGGACGGACUGGCACGGGGGGCUGGGGGGUUGAUGGGGGUAGCAGGGGGGCCGGCGUGGGAGGGCGGGGGCGAGGAGGCGGGGGAGGAGACCCUGCGCGCCUGGGCGCGUGGGGAGCAGGGAGGGGCGCAGGGCGCGUGGGGGGGUCGCCGGGGAGAGAGGGGAGUGGCGGAGGGGGCGAGGAGGAGGGGGGCGUCAUGCUGCUGCGGGCGAGCACUCUGCACGAGAGCAGCAGCAGCAGCAGGCACGGUGGCAGCAGCAGUGCUUGGCACGCAGAGAGGCAGGCAGAGGAAGGAGGGCAGAGAAGUGGGGCAGGUGUGGGGGGUGCGGUGCAGAUGGGUGGGGGGGAGGCAAGGAGGGUGCUGGUGCGGUCGGCCAGUGGGGUGGAGCCGAGGCACUGCCGCAACCGCAGUGCGGGCGGCGGCAUGAGCAUCGGCGCCACUGGCAGUGUUGGUGUCGCUGCCUCCUCCGCCAUCGCCAUGGGCCCCUUUGACAACUCCCCGCUCCCAAAAGCACCACCACCACCACCACCCGCAGCGGCAGCAGCAGGGCCGGCACGCGUGGAUGCUCACAACCCUCGAAGGGGUCUGGUUCGGUCGGCCAGUGGAGUGGAGGCGAGGCACCGGCGGGAGAGGAGUGGAGGCGGCAGCAGCAGCGGCAGUGGAGGGGUGGCAGGCAUGGGGUGGCUGGCAGGCGGCAUGGGGGCGGGAGAGCAGGGGGAGCCGGGGGGGAAGGGGCGAAGUGAGGCGAGCAGGGCGUUCACGCGGUCGAGCAGCGGCGUGGAGGCGCGGCACAGGAGGCAGCGCAGCAGCGGCGCUGGCAGCACGGGCGGUGCGGGCGGCAUUCUCAGCUCACUGCUGUUGCGCCCGGGUGCAGCGGAGGGGGGUGCUAUGGGCGACAGGGAGGCAGGUGAGGGCAAGGCGAGCAGCAAGGGGGGGGGCUUCGGGUUGGUGCGCAUGGCCACGAUGGAGAGGCGGCGCGGCAAAGGCCGCAGCAACUCCGUGGUCGAUGACAGCCUGGCCGCCAGCCCCUUCCAGGACCUCUCCUGGGAUUAG